UCGCCCGCUCGAGCCAUCCAUCAGUAGAGCGAAGGCGCUUGCGCGCGCCCUCCUCUUUUCUCUCUCUCUCGUUCUCUCGCUCUCUCGCUCUUUCGGGCGCGCGGUACGUACGCGCGGGUCAAAGUCUCUCCGUGUCUCGCGCGCUUUAGUCUAGCCGUACACACGAGACCGGCGCGUCCGUCGGCUCUCCAAGCACUCGUUUCGGUCGCCGUAUCAGCGAGCUCCUCGCACGAGUGUGUCGCGACGCCGACCACCAACGAAACAGUCCUCUUCGCGCGUGUGCAGUUGCUCGUUGUUUUGCUUCUCUGCUCGUUUCAUCGGCGAGCACGCGGCGACUCGUUUGAAGGAUCAACCCCCACGGAGAUGCAUCCGUUCGCCCCGGACAGAGGAGGAUCGGCAGCGGCACUCGGCGAGGAAGCGAUCGAAGCCCAGGAAAGCGGAAGAAAAUCGCGGGGCGGUUGAACUGGCGGCCCGAUGCGAGGCGAGGGCCCGAGCGAGCGCACGAAGACGAACACGAAGACGCGGACGAGAGCAGUAGGAUGCAGCAGUCGCCGUUUUGACAUACAAGUGAGCGCUCAGUUGACCGGGUCGGGUUGGCCGACGAAGCUCCGAGAGGAGGAAGCGGCGGCAGCGGCGGCGGCGGCGGCACCAGCAGCAGCAGCAGCAUCAGCAGCAGCAGCAGUGGAAGAGGAAGAAGAUGAGCCGCUUGGCUGCCGGCUAGACGCGUAUGGAGGGGCCCGACGUAACGAGCGGCAGCCCGGAGACUACCUGGCUUCCUAACCCGAGCAAAGGCGACUGGCCAGCCAACAACGACACCUACGAGCUCAACGCCGAUGGCCUCUUCCGGGUAUUCCCCGGCAAGGAUUCAGCCUACACUAUAUGCGGGGCGCUCCUGGUGGCGCUGGUGCUCGGGGCGAUAAUCGUUGGCACGGUGAUCGGCAACAUCCUGGUGUGCGUGGCGGUGUUCUUGGUGAAGAAGCUGCGCAAGCCCUGCAACUACCUGCUGGUCAGUCUGGCGGUGUCGGACCUGUGCGUGGCGCUGCUCGUCAUGCCCAUCUCGAUGCUCUACGAGCUGCGCGGCAGCUGGGCCUUCGGGCCCACCCUGUGCGAGGUCUGGGUCAGCUUUGACGUGCUCAGCUGCACCGCCUCGAUUCUCAACCUUUGUAUGAUAUCCGUCGAUCGAUACUACGCGAUAUCGAUGCCCCUAGAAUACGGAGUGAAGAGAACGACGAAGCGAAUGAUCAUGUACGUGGCAUUCGUUUGGUUUGGCGCUGCGGCCAUAAGCCUGCCACCGCUGCUUCUACUCGGAAACGAGUACACCGUCAGCACGUCCGGUGUCUCGCAGUGCAUCGUCUGCCAAAACUUCGGCUACCAGAUCUACGCUACGCUUCUUAGCUUCUACAUUCCUCUCACCGUUAUGAUAUUUGUAUACUACAAAAUCUUCUGCGCGGCGCGGAAGAUCGUGCUGGAGGAGAAGCGGGCGCAGAGCCAUCUGGACGCUUACUGCCACCUGGACAUAGAGCAGCACCUGCCCCCACCGAUCGUGCAGCAGAAGCCCACGCAGUUCGACAGUCAGAUAAACCAUGGCCGCGACGGUGGCAGUUCGCCCGUGGCCGAGCACCACCACCGCAGCUCCAGCGCCUCGACCACGUGCAGCGCGCACGCGGUCAAGUGCUUCGUGGGAGGGCCGCGCAAGAGCAACGAGUCGCAGUGCCCAAUGCUGCAGCCGUUCGCGGAGAAGCAGCCGAUCCUGACGCCCACGUCGCAGUGCGCGCCAGCGGCGCCGAGCACCGGCUGCGGCAGUGGCGGCGGCGGCGGCGGCGGCGCGGGCCCGCGGCGCUCCGCCAGCGCCGGCCGCCAGCGCAAGCACGCCAGCAGCACCUCGAGCGAGGCCAACUCGCCGCACAAGCAGAAGCGGCUGCGCCUGCAGCUGGUCAAGGAGCGCAAGGCCAGCACCACCCUGGGCAUCAUCAUGAGCGCCUUCACCGUCUGCUGGGUGCCCUUCUUCCUGCUCACCGUCAUCCGCAUCUUCCUGUCCGACCCCUCGCGCAUCCCCACCGCCCUGUCCAGCACCUUUCUCUGGCUGGGCUACUGCAACUCGCUGCUCAACCCCAUCAUCUACGCCACGCUCAACCGCGACUUCCGCAAGCCCUUCCGCGAGAUACUCUACUGUCGCUGCGGCAACCUGCAACACAUGAUGCGCGAGGAGUUCUACUACAGCCAGUACGGCGGCCCCGUCAACAACUACGUGGUCAAGUCCACCUGCGAGUCCGCCCCGGCCGCCGUCGAUGCCGGCUCGCCCGAUCCGCCCAGCGAGAGCUUCCUGUGAUGGCUGCGCGCGCCCUCGUCGCUUUCCGCCUCCGCGCUGCGCGAACGCGCCUGCACCCCACUCGCUUCUGUUUCGCGCGCUGCCCUUUCUCACCUGUCGGCGCGGACUUCCGAGGCUUCGCCAGUGUGCGUCACGACGCCGAGUGACCUGGCCUCCCUCGAUGUUGGCGCGAAUCGCAGGGGGACGGGAACGCCUGCGAUCCGCGGAUGCUCCACUUUACACUGAGUUCCCGGCUGCGCAGCGAGUUGCUUCGACUCUUUGCCGAACGGACGAGUCGGCCGGCCGCAAACGUUAUACCGCUUUGCUCGAUAAUUUUCGUAAACGACCUCGCUCACGGUCAUUUAUUUCCCUCUGAUUUUUCGUUCCUUGGAGAUCGCUGCCGCGAGAUUAUCUUUGGCAGGUUUUUAAUUGCGAGCGCUUGAAUUCCAGCGUGCACAGAUUUUAUUACGUCACGCGACUGAAAGAAAGAAAAGUGCAACGCAAAACCGGUGGAAAUUCAAUGUGCUCGACGUCAAAGAAUUCAGAAAUGAACGCGACCUCUACAGUGUUUCAUGAAAUUUCAAAAUUCUUGUAAUCCAACUUUCGCGCCUGAAAAAAAAAGUAAAAAAGUGGAAUUCGGCUGAAAGUCGUCGCCGAGCUGAUAGAUAAAAAAUCUCCCUUUUUGAAAGUUUGUGGGGCGAAAUAAAAAUUCGAGCGAUCCAAUAAAUUCUGGGCUGUCUGACCCUCGAUGUCUCUUCGAGAAUAUUGAGUCAAACCCGCGACUCUUCCGCCCUUCUUCCUGGUUUUCUGCGACGAUUUUCAAGUUCGACGCCACCAACUUAAUUUUUCCGAGGAGAAACGCUUCGUUAACAAGAGUUUUAGUUAUCGCCGAGUUUACCGCUGUAAUUCCGAGUGGGUGCAAAAACAAGAUUGCGCCACGAGUAUAUCGACCGCUAAGAGUAACGUUGUUUAAGUUUCGCGAUGUCGGCAGUGAAGAGAAGACGCACAAGAAGUUGUUUUUCUAAAUUUUUCUCCUCGGCGGCGGAGAAAAGGAGCGUGUCUGCGUGUAUGCGUGUAUGCGUGCGUUCUCGAGCGAGAGAAAGGAAAAUAUUGGAGGACAAAGAGAGACAUCGCGGUCCGACGCUUUUCCUGAGACUAUCCUCUAUUUUUAUAAGAUUUUGUGUUCCUCGUGCUUUGUACUACUGUGCGUCUAGCCUACGUUUUUUAGAUUUGUGUAAAUAAUAACCUCCGAGAGCAGAGAAGCAUCGAUAUAUACAGCAACUUUGUCGAUUUUUUUUUAUCAAACAACAGCAUUAUAAAGAGCAAACUCGAUGUGUUAUAUAGAUUUUAGUUGUAUAGCGAGAGAAUGAUGCAAAUACAAAACAAAAUAACAGGUAUACGUAGUUUCGUUGUACUCUUUGUCAGAUAUUGUAAAUAUAUAUAAAUGCUCGUAAAAUGUGUGAUAAUUACAAAUUUUUACAUGACGAUGAGAAAAUUAAAAGAACUUAGCGUAAUGUAACGAAAAGGAGAGAGCUUAUAUACAAUUAGAAAGCCAUCGCAGAUGCUAAACAAAAAAAACAAUGUGUACGUGACUUUACUGACUUCCACCGCAAGGUACUAGAUCCUACUUUUUUCCCCUCUUAUUCUUCUUGCUUUUUUUUUAAUUGGAGUGUACGUUGAGUUUUUCCUUCGUGUCUCUCUCUCUCUCUCUCUCUCUCUCUCGCUUCGAGACGUAUUGACAAAACAAUGCGAAGCUAACAUGACACGAACGCAAUUACACGGAAGGAGAAACGCAAUGUACUUGCAGCGAGUUCGUAUAUUGAUCCUCAAAGCUCCAAAGGAAACGUGAUUUCAUCCCUUGGCAGCGAGCGAAUACACGCAGUCAUAAACCGUACGUAUGCGUUUCUGAGAGAGAGAGUGGGUACACAUACUAUACCCUCCUCCCCUCCCCCAUUCUGUAUGAGACAAUCUGUGCUAAAGAGAAAAGUAAGGAUAAAACAAAAUAAACAAAAUAGGUAAAUAAAUAUAAAUGAGCUAUUAAAAACACACACACAUAUACACACUCACGUACACACGAAGCUAUAUGUAGUUCAACGUGAUCGUUAUAAAUAUGAUGGUUAUAAUAUAAAAAAAAAAAACAAGAAGACGUAGCGUAUAAACUAUAUGCGAUAAUAUGAAGCAAAAUAUGUGUCAUAAACCAAAUGAGAGGGAAUACGGACCGUUGAUGGUCGCAACAUAAACAACCACUCGCCCCCGCUACCGCGCAAUAAAUUCUCGUGAUGUUCUUGUACCUCUCGCGUAAAUACUCGCGAGCUCAUUUUUCACGCAGCGGCACGUCGUCGCGUGACUUGCCUCCCCUUUACCACCAGUUUUUUCUCUUCUUAUUGGUUUUUUACCCCCCUCCCCCCCGCCCCUUCCCAUCUCCCACCCAAACCCAACGAUCGGUUUCUACACAACCAUCAGUGCUGCUAGUGUGUUGCACGCCAAGGAACACAGUCAGCUGUUCGAUUCAUUAAAAUGCAAUCAUCGAUGUGCUGCGUUAAAAGGAAAAAGACGACCUUUACUUUUCCUUUCGAGACAAAGAACGCGAGGAGGGUAAGAAAAGUUAUUGUUUUGUUGAUAGAUUCGCAGAUUUUAUUAGGUAACGAGAGAAAAAAAGAUAAAUAAAAUAAAGUGUAUCCGUCAGAUGAGACGAACGUCGAAAUAAAGAAAUUUUCUU